CGCGUCUGAAAUCAUAAUAUUGAAUCCGUAGAGCUGUGCUGUUGUUAGUGCUUGUUAAGCAGGACAAUGAUAAUAGAACGAUAUUCGCGCUCUUGCUGUUGUUGUUGUUGAUGCGUCACCGCGCGAAGAGUACUGGCGCGAGAAUGGAUUCUACGUUUUUGAUACAAACGCACAUGUGUGGUUUCGCUCAACGAGACUAAUGCAUGAGGGAAUUUAAAAUCGCUUUGCUCAGUCUGUUGGAUUGCACAACACAUGGGAGAAACUGACCACAGUCUGGGACUUUAAACCUGAAAUGCAGUAGAUCCCCUGGGCUGAAGAGAAUAGUGUGGAAGUAGAGCUCGGACCCAGCGUCUGCCUUGAGGCCUAAUGCCUGGACUGUGCAACAUCAAGACACCACAACAAGGAGAUAUCUUCAACAUGAACACAGACAGUGGAAGAUAUGUUCGCAAAAGCACUACGCUUUCACUUACUCUAACCCCCAUGAAGAGAAUCCAGAGCUCACCAAACCUAUACACACUCACAGACACUGAAUCAGAGCCAAAAGAAUCAGAUUUGUGGAAGUCCAGCUGUACCAGUGAUGGUCUGAGAAACGGUGACAUGUGCUAUUCCUCUCUGGCAGCUAAAGGCUACAGGAGUGUUAGACUCAACUUUCAGGAUAAAAAGUCUCCCAUACCCGGCCAGAUGACAGUGAACGGGGGUCUGAGUGAGCCAGCAAGUCCACAUAGUUUCUUUCAAAGACCCUUCUCCCCCUCGACAUACCCACCUCCUCCCUCCCUGAGCCCCAAUAUUACAGCCAUGCAGCAGGCUAGAACCAAUGCCUCUGGGUCUAGCACUCCGAUCUACGCCAACGUGGAUCCUGUUUGUCCUGCACAAACUGCACAGACGGACAGGAAAGGAACAACAGGGAAAGCUCUACUCUAUGCUGGCAUCGGUCCUGCAGAUGCGUCCGGGAACCCUAUUGCCAUACAAAUGACUGUUGACAGGCCAAAAGACUGGUAUAAGUCCAUGUUCAAGCAGAUUCAUGUGGUGCAUAAAACAGAGAAUGACUGGUCUGGGUCCCACACUGCUGCAGAUCCCAUUACAAAUACUGAUAAGCAUGGCCCAUCCAAUCCUCUUCAGUCCCAUCCAGCACCUAAAACCAGCACCUACCAGCCCAUCACCAACAGUGUCUCUGAUAAUGGCAUAUGCAGUUUCAGAGUGCCUGCUGCCUCAACCCUGCCCACUUCAGUGUCAGCUGAGUACAGAGACACAACACAGAGAGGCAGGAGCACACCUGACAUGAAUGAGUGGGGACCUCCAGAUAGGAAGGUGGAUACACGGAAAUACAGAGCAGAGCCCAGGAGUAUCUUUGACUAUGAGCCUGGGAAGUCCUCUGUUUUAGAGCAAGAGAAAGCAACAAGUAACUUAAGACCAGAGGAGAUAGAUUUAGAGAAUGAGCCAUGGUAUAAGUUCUUUGCUGAACUGGAGUUUGGGCGUCCGCCUCCAAAAAAACAUCUUGAUUACAGUCGAGAGAGCACUCCUCGAUUCCGAACGGAGACCUCCCUUUAUCAGCCAGCUACAGACAGGACACUUGAACAGCCAUCAAGUUCUUUCAGUGAUAACAAGAGAAGACGGAAAUCUGAACCUGCAGCUGCUCAGCCCAGGGCUCAGAGCAGUGUGGGCACAAUACAGAGUUCAGUCAGACCACCAGAGCCCCCCAGGAGCAGCAGUUCCCAGAGAAAUCCCCUCACCAGCCCUAGCUCCCCUGCCUCCACCAGGACUAAAGGUGGGGAUAUGAGCAAUAUGCACCCAAAACACUUAAAUUGUCAAAGUCUAAACCAUGCUACCUCAGAUUGCACAUAUCUAAACAAAGGGCAAAAUGAGGAUGGUCUCUCAAUCAUCCCUAACUCAGAGGGCUUUUCCAGCCUACCGGAUGGCUGGCAAAUCGUCCAAGAGAACCUAGAAUACUGGAUAAGCACAGAAGAGGCUUCUCCUAAGCUCAAAUCCUGGAGCUGUGAUGACUUCCUAUCUGAAGGCCAAGGCAGGGAAAAAGAAGUGCAGACUCAAUCAGAAAGCACAGACUCCUUGUUGCAUAAUGGGGAACUAGAAGGACCACAAUGCAGUGACACCUAUGAGUCUGAGGAACUUGGACAAAGGACCAGGCAUCGCUCAGCCCAUGAUGUGCCAGGCUUUCUCAAACUCUACAAGAAGAUGCAUCACAUCAACCGGCAAGAGCUGAUAAACUCCACCUUUAUCUGCUCUGUAAAAGCCAGGAUUCAUAAUUAUGAGAGUGAGCAGCGUAAGGACGGGCGUAAUGGCACCAAGGGCUGCAGCGAAGAGGUGCCUCGGGACACGGUGCACAACAGGAUCUCUGAAUUUGAGAGUCUGAUCCAGAAAUCCAAAUCCAUGCCUAAUCUUGGGGAUGAGUGCCUGACCAGGAGUUCCUCUAGGAGGACCAAUAGCCCCAAGCAUAGCCUCUCCAUUGAGUCAUUACUGGAUGAGGAACCACUAGCCAGGAACCCGCCUGAUGGACGACCUCAAUACCCCAAGAUAAAUACCCACGUGCCAAUCCACAUCCAAGUCACCAAUGACCAAUUACAAAACUCUACCAUGCAUCAAGAUUACUCAGAGAGUGAGCAUGAUGAAGUGGUGUCGGAUCUCAGUGACUUCAUCCAUAUAGAGGGCUCAUCCUUUUGUAGCGAGAGAGAUUUUGACCUAUGUUCGUUCGCCUCCUCUGAGAACUUCUGCGGGUCGGGUGAGCAUCAUUGUCAUAGGCAGCUUGUAAGUUCCUGCAAGGGUCACUGCCCGGCUUCCUACACACGUUUCACCACCAUGAUCAAGCACGAGAGGGCCAAGCAGGACCGAAGGCAACAUUUGAGAGUGGAAGAAUCUGAGUUUGGUCUCAACAACAAGCUUGCCAUCCUGGUCAGCCCAGUGCCUUUCCGCCAGAAGAACUUAUCUCCUUUGAGCUUCUCCCAAAUGCCAAAAUCACAGAGCUGCAUGUACGAGGCUCUAGAUUCAGCCCUGAAAGACAUCUACGACCACGUCCGUGCAGAGAAGCGCAGGGGUAGCCUGCCAGAAAGCAGCAUUCUCCACAGUUUGCUGGCAGAGUUGCUGCCCAACAUUCCUGAGAGGAAUUCCUCCCUGCAUGCUCUGGGGAGAAGAAGUCCAACGAUCCAACCCCGCUCAAACCACCAACAGCCCGAUGGCAUGACCAGCCAAGAUGGCCACCAGCCUGAGUACUCGCGCCUGUCCCACAGUGCCUCUCACCACCAUAUAGACAGCAACAACAACCAGAGGAACCACAACUCUGAAUACUGCUAUCAAGACCAGGACAAAUCUAGAGGAUAUUCUUACCCUGAUAUAGGCCACCACAUAACACAGAGCAGAAGACAGACCCCUGACGAGAAACUUCCAGCCAGAGCAAUAUAUGACUUCAAAGCACAGACAGCAAAAGAGCUGACAUUUAAGAAAGAGGAUACUGUGUACAUCACCAGGCAGAUAGAUAAUAACUGGUAUGAAGGAGAGCAUCGGGGACUUGUGGGCAUCUUUCCCAUCUCUUAUGUGGAGAAAAUCCCUCCUUCAGAGAGACAUCUGCCAGUGAGGCCUCCUCCUCCAGCUCAGAGCAGAGAAAUCGGAGAAGCGGUAGCCCGCUACAACUUCAAUGCUGACACUAACGUGGAGCUUUCGUUAAGAAAAGGCGAGCGUGUCAUUCUCUUGCGUCAAGUUGAUCAGAACUGGUUUGAGGGCAAGAUUCCAGGUACAAACAAACAAGGGAUUUUUCCAGUGUCUUAUGUAGACGUCAUGAAGAAGUCCUCAAUACAAAGUACCAGUCAACCUUCCGGGCCCACUAUACCUACUAGUUACUCCAGUGACAGUGUGCACAGUAGGCCACCAUCUGCACGUACCCUCUACAGCUCUCCAUCCCCAACUCUCCGUCCACUCUCCUCAUCCGCACCCAGCCCACAGAGAGCAGCGCACCUCCAGGCCAUCACCAGCGAGUGGCUGGCCCUAACUCUUGGUCUAUCUCCUUCAGGAACCCCUACUCCUGCACCUCCUCCCUUCCCUUCCAACUUCCAGCCAGACUAUGUAGGGCUUGAUUCUGCCAUCUCCCCCUCUCCUGCCUCUUCCAUGCUGGGUCGCUCUCCGGCCCUCGCUCCCCGCACCUCUACUCCUGUGCUCAAAGAGGGCCACUUCAUUCCCAUUUCCUCCCCAAAGUCCUACAUGUCCCCUGAGCCCAGCCCAUCACCGCAACCCUACCUCACCUCUGCAUCCUUCACUCCUUCCCCUACAUUACCCACAUUUGACUCCAGCCCCAGGUCUGGCAGUGUCAUAGAAGUUCUCUGCAGCCAAAAACCAUUAGAUCUAAAUGAAAAAGAACUGGAGAUGUUCUUUGAAAGCGAAGAUCAUCACAAAACAAGCAAGACAGACUCUUCUCAAUUGUGCAGCCCUUUUGACUUGGUUGUUUUUGAGGCACUUGAUUCCCAAUUGUCUUAUAAGGACACCAUGUUUAUAAAAGACCCUGAGGAUGACCUGUGUGAGGAGUUAGUGUCCAUCAUUAAAGCAAGCCAAUCAAAGGGCAUGUUUGUAGAAGAGGAGAGUUUUUAUCACCAUGAACCGAAUGUAACAGAAAAGAUUCCAAAACUGUUCAUAGAGGAGGACCCAAAUGAAGAUAGCAGCUCCUCAAUUGAACCCCUGACAUCAAAUACGUUUACUCCAGUCCAACCCGCCCAUAGUGAGGGGUCAGAUUUGGAGCAGGGUGAAGUUUCCCAAAACGACUCUCCACGUCUCUCCCCCCUGUCCUCACAGAUGUCCAUGCAGUUCAUACUCCCCACAUCGCCUAAGUACUCUCCCACCUCCCCAUGUACCACCCCUCCAUUGCCUGGGGUUUCACAGACCCCCCCUCCCUCUGCCAAACUGUCCUUUCGACAGGAACUCCGCUCCCAAAAGGUCAAGUCCCAAAGACAAGCAUAUGUUCAUGAUCCUCUUCAAGGUGUAGGGGAACCAUUUCAAGCUCUGUAUAACUACGUGCCCAGAAAUGAGGAUGAGCUGGAACUGAAGGAGGGUGAUAUUGUUGAUGUCAUGGAGAAAUGUGAUGAUGGAUGGUUUGUGGGAACGUCCAGGAGAACCAAGUUUUUCGGAACCUUUCCUGGAAACUAUGUGAAACGGCCAUAAAUUGAGCCAUACUCUAAUUUCCAAUACAAAUAUCUGAUAGUCAGACAUCUACAGAGGAGAGAUGGACAAUAUUGCCUACAGAUUCCUGCUGGAAUUAGAAUGACAUAUUCCAGUCAUCAGCAAUAUGGACUAAUGGAAACAGAAGCCAAUGGAGGGGGUAACUGCACCAUGGUAUUUGUAAAUAUGUGGAUUAUUACAUUCUAAAACCAUUAUUUUUUUACGGAAGUUUAGUAAAGGCUUUAAAAUAUUUGGUUUCCUACAUUUUUAACAUUAUUUCUCAUUGUUGAAAACAGUCAGUUUGUAUGCCUUUUAGUAACUCUGAUUAAUUUCAACAUAAUGAGUAAUUAAGUGCCCUAUUUAUCUUUUUAUUUAUUGAGAGGCAUUUUCUUACAUUGGUACGAUACAGUAGAAUGUUCUACUUGUGCCCCCCUGUACACUGGGCCUGAUGUCUGAUCUGAUCUAGAUUUAGAUUAUAAACAGUAUUGUAGUGUCAUGUUUGUGCCAGGCACAGUGAAUAUUACAGAUGACUAUCCAUGUUCACAUGUAUCUUUUCUGUAUGUAAACCCCCUGCUUCAUGACCUCCGAUAAUCUAGGGCUCCACGUUCUUCCUGCAGACAUUCCUUUGAGCAUUUGAAGGAUUUUACAGUUACUAUAUAUACAUGUGUGUGUGUGUAUAUAUAUAUAUAUAUAAAAUUGUGGCAAAAGUUAAAUGUUAAACCUAGUACACUGAAUCAUAUUUCUACUGCCUGUAAUAAAUGUUCUGUACUGGGUGACCUAGCACAUCACUUUUGGUUUACACACUGUAAUUUCUUAUUUAUGGCCAAUAAGAGAAGCACAUGAUGUCAUAAUUGCUGAACUGUAGCAGCCAUGUAUUUUGUAUAUGUCACUUUCCAAUUCUUCAAAUUAGUUUAAUUUGGGUGAGAAUAUGCUCUUAAAAAUGGAUUUUGUUUAUAUGUUAAUUCAGCAGAAUUUUUUCAUAAUGAUAUACACUUAAUAUAUUGUGAAUUAUUCACUUUCACUGUUUUUAACUGUUCAUACAACAAUUACGCUCUCAUAUUCAAAUGUCCAUUUAAAAUGUGCAAUUCUCCUAUGAAAUUGCAUGACUGACGAUUUCAUUCCAGUCAGUGCAGCAAGAAAAGUUAAUGUGUCAUUGAAUAGAAAGGUAAACUAAUGUUAUAUUUAAUUUAGGCAAUUUUAAACUUCAUUGAAAUAUCCAGUCUCUGUAUUGUCAAUAUGCUUCAAUUAUACCAGUAACAUCCUGCGCAUGUUGUUUCAUAAUGAACUGUUCAUCAGUGCAAACUUUGUCUUCUACACUAUUUCCUCACAGGACAUUUUGAUUAUCAUAAUUAAAAAAAACAUGACACUGAUUUAAGAAAUUUCCAAACUUCCGUCAUGAACCAUCAAGACUACCAGACGUCUCCAUUGUGGUUUUGUGUGACUGUUUGUUAAAGACCUCGCACCCCAGUCUUCCAUUCUGAAGCACUAGCUGAUCAGAAUUUGAUGUAAUCAGGGCUGCUCCUGGUGCAUAAUUUUACCAAAUAUAAUGUAUGCAAUGUCAUGAAUAUUAAUGUAAUAUUUAAUCAUGCUAAUAAAAGACAUAAUUCAGUAAAUUAUGAUAAUACAUUAUGGAACACUGUGAUAUGUUUAUUAUUUUAAAAGAUAUCUAAAAAGAAACAGUUCACCUUAGGUGGCCACAGCAAGCACCAGCAUAGACCUGCCUCACUAAUGAUUGAAUUUAAACUGAUUGUUGGUUAAAGAAAUGCAAUAAAAAGAUAUUCCUGGAGGGGAGUAAGUCCAAAGCAAUUCCCAUUAAAGGUGCAUUCAAAAAAUAAAUGUUUACCCUCUCACUGUAAGAACAAAAAUAUUUUAAAAAAAAUUAUUCUAAAUAGCACCUCUAAAAUCAACCAAGGUUCAAGGUUAUUUUUUUUUUUUUAUCUUUGACAUCUCUCUCUCUGUGGAAUAGUACAUAAAUAAAUUCUGUCUGAUCAAAUGUUUUCACUAUGCUUUCACUGUUUCACUAUGUUUUGAAACUACGUUCUUCUCUUUGACCAUGUUUUU